UCCAAGAACUUUCCAUGGAAUUCCAGAACCUUCCAGAAGGAUCCAAGAACUUUCCAUGGAAUUCCAGAACCUUCCAGAAGGAUCCAAGGCCAUCCCCGGGGAUCCAGAACCUUCCAUGGAGUUCCAGAACCUUCCAUGGAGUUCCAGAACUUUCCGUGGAAUUCCAGAACAUUCCAUGGAAUUCCAGAACUUUCCAGAAGGAUCCAAGGCCCUUCCUGGGGAUCCAGAACCUUCCAUGGAGUUCCAGAACCUUCCAUGGAGUUCCAGAACUUUCCAUGGAAUUCCAGAACCUUCCAGAAGGGACCAAGAACUUUCCAUGGAAUUCCAGAACCUUCCAGAAGGAUCCAAGGCCCUUCCUGGGGAUCCAGAACUUUCCAUGGAAUUCCAGAACCUUCCAGAAGGAUCCAAGGCCCUUCCUGGGGAUCCAGAACCUUCCAUGGAGUUCCAGAACCUUCCAUGGAGUUCCAGAACUUUCGAGACCUUUCCAUGGAAGUCCAGAAUCUUCCAUGGGUGUCCAGAACUUCCAGAACUUUCCACGGGAUUCCAGAACUUUCUACAGGGAUCCAGAACCUUCCUUGGGAUUCCAGAACUUCCAGAACCUUCCUUGGGAUUCCAGAACUUUCCAGGUGCUUCCACUGGGAUCCAGAACUUCCAGAACCUUCCACAGAAUUCUCCAGGACUUUCUAUGGAAACUUCCAGAACUUUCCAGAGAUCCCAAACUUUUCGUGGGAUUCCAGAACUUUCCAUGGAAUUCCAGAACCUUCCUUGGGAUUCCAGAACUUCCAGAACUUUCCACUGAAUUCUCCAGGACUUUCUAUGGAAACUUCCAGAACUUUCCAGAGAUCCCAAACUUUUCGUGGGAUUCCAGAACUUUCUCUGGACUUCCAGAACUUUCCAGGUGCUUCCACAGGGAUCCAGGAAUUCCAGAACUUUCCAGGGGGUUCCAGAACCUUCCAGGGGGUUCCAGAAGCUUCCAGAGGGUCCCAAGCCCCUCCCCCACCCCUGCAAAGGCAAUAAGGGCCCCUCCCCCCUCCUUAGGGGAGGGCGCCCAUCGUUAAUGAAUAAUAAUGAAUUAAUUAAUGAGGAAUAAUUAAUAAUAAUAAGAAUAAUAAUUAAGGAGCUUCCAGGCAAUCCAGGCACUUUGAUCCCUGAAAAAUUCCCCAAAAAAUUACAAAAAAUUCCCCAAAAAUUUUCCUAAAAAUUCCCAAAAAAUCCCAAAAAAAUUCCUUUAAAAUUCCCCAAAAAUUCCUUUAAAAUUCCCAAAAAUUCCCCAAAAAACCCUUUUAAAUUCCAUUAAAAUUCCCCCCAAAAUUCCUAAAAAAUUCCCCAAAAUUCCUUUAAAAUUCCCUCCAAAAUUCCCCAAAAAUCCCUAAAAAAAUCCUUUAAAAUUUCCUAAAAAUUCCCCAAAAAUGCCCAAAAAAUUCCUUUAAAAUUCCCAAAAAUUCCCCCAAAAAAUAUUUUAAAAUUCCAUUAAAAUUCCCCCUGAAAUUCCUAAAAAAUUCCCCAAAAUUCCUUUAAAAUUCCCUCCAAAAUUCCCCACAAAUCCCUAAAAAAUUCCUUUUAAAUUUCCUAAAAAUUCCCCAAAAAUUCCAAAAAAAUUCCUUUAAAAUUCCCCAAAAUUCCAAAAAAAAAAUUUUAAAAUUCCAUUAAAAUUCCCCCCAGAAUUCCUAAAAAAUUCCCCAAAAUUCCUUUAAAAUUUCCUCCCAAAUUCCCCAAAAAUUCAAAAAAAAAUUCCUUUAAAAUUUCCUAAAAAUUCCCCAAAAAUUCCAAAAAAAUUCCUUUAAAAUUCCCAAAAAUUCCCAAAAAAAUAUUUUAAAAUUCCAUUAAAAUUCCCCCCAGAAUUCCUAAAAAAUUCCCCAAAAUUCCUUUAAAAUUCCCUCCCAAAUUCCCCAAAAAUUCAAAAAAAAAUCAUUUAAAAUUUACAAAAAAUUCCAAAAAAUUUCUUUUAAAAUUACCUAAAAAUUCCCCAAAAAUUGCAAAAAAAUUCCUUUAAAAUUUCCUAAAAAUUCCCCAUAAAUUCCCUAAAAUUUCCCAAAAAAAUCCCAAAAAAUUCUUUAAAAGUUCCCCAAAAAUUUCCUAAAAAUUCCCAAAAAAUUCCUUUAAAUUUUCCCAAAAACUUCCUAAAAAUUCCCCAAAAUUUUUCAAAAAAUCCCUAAAAAAUUCCUUAAAAAUUCUCAAAACAUUCCUUUAAAAAUCCAAAAAAGUUCCUAAAAAUUCCUUUUAAAAUUUCCUAAAAAUUCUCCAAAAACUCCCUAAAAAAUCUCCAAAAAAUUCCCAAAAAAAUUCCCAAAAAAUUCCUUUAAAAUUCCUAAAAAUUUUUUAAAAAAUCACAAAAAAUUCCUUAAAAAAUCCUUUAAAAUUCCUCCAAAAAUAAAAAAAAAAUUCCAAAAAAUUCCUUAAAAAUCCUAAAAAGUCCCCCAAAAAAAUCCUAAAAAUCCCUAAAAUCCCUAAAAAUUCCCUAAAUUAUUUCCUGGAGCGGCUCAGGGUUGGAAACCCCUCCCCCAUCCUUCCCAAAAUCCCCCAAAAUCCCCCCAAAAAUCCCUUUAAAAAUCACUAUAUUUGUAUAAAUGGCACCGGUUUUACCCCAAAUCCCAAAUUUUUUUUUCCCCCAAUUUUGGGAUGAGGGGAAAAUUCCCCAAAUUUCCCUAAAAAUUCCCCCAAAAUCCCAAAAAAAUCUGGGAUUUUUUUUUUUUUUCCCUUUUUUUGUCUUAUUUAAUCCCCUCCCCCCUCCCUUUUCCCCAUUCCCGGAAAAUUUUGGUGGCCAGGAAUAAAAAUUCCCAAAA